UCCUGUCUGUGUUUCUGCCACACUAUCUUUAUAGCAAGGCAAUCGGACUCUCCACCCAAGCCCACUUACCUCCCAUUCCAACAUUAAAUUGUCAUGCCUCAAGCUAACAAACCUCAGGAAUUCGAGACGCUGCAGUUGCACGCUGGUCAGAUCCCUGAUCCUACCACCAAUGCUCGCGCAGUUCCUAUUUACGCCUCCACGAGCUUCGUCUUUAACGACUCUAACCAUGGCGCAGACCUUUUUGGCCUGAAGGCUUUUGGACACAUUUAUUCUCGUAUUGGGAACCCCACUGUCGAUGUGUUCGAGAGUCGAAUGGCUGCCCUUGAAGGUGGUGCUGCGGCUGUCGCAACGUCCUCCGGUCAAUCUGCACAAUUCCUUGCGAUUUCUACGAUAGCCAGUGCAGGUGACAACAUCGUUUCCACAUCAUAUCUCUAUGGAGGGACAUACAACCAGUUCAAAGUAACCUUUAAAAAGUUUGGUAUCGGCGUGAAGUUCGUGAAUGGCGAUGAUCCAGCACUUUUCGCAGCAGCAAUCGACGAGAACACGAAGGCAAUUUACGUCGAGAGCAUUGGCAACCCGAAGUACAACGUUGCGCCAAUUCCUGAGCUGGCCAAAGUUGCACAUGAUCAUGGCAUUCCCUUAAUCGUGGACAACACGUUUGGAAUGGGAGGAUACCUCAUCAGACCCAUCGAUUUGGGCGCAGACAUUGUUUUGCACAGUGCAACCAAGUGGAUUGGAGGUCAUGGAACGACGAUCGCAGGUGUUGUCAUCGACUCGGGAAAAUUCGACUGGACACGCUCCGGCAAGUUCCCGUCGUUCACUUCCCCCUCCGAGGGAUAUCAUGGCAUGGUCUUUAGCGAAACAUUUGGUGCUGUCGCUUUCGCUAUCAAGCUUCGCGUCGAGCUCCUCCGUGAUUUGGGUCCUGCCUUGAACCCAUUCGCUGCGUUCUUGCUCAUUCAAGGUAUUGAGACGCUUAGCUUGAGGGCUCAGAGGCACUCCGAAAAUACUUUGGCGCUUGCUCAGUGGCUGUCGAAACACGAGAAAGUCGCAUGGGUCUCCUAUCUUGGCCUAGAGAGUCACCCCUAUCACCAGAGGGCGAAGAAGCUUCUCCGCCCAAACGCCUUCGGUGGUGUCCUCAGCUUCGGCGUCAAGGGCGAUGUUAGUGUGGCAAGCACGGUUGUCGACAGCCUGAAAUUAGCUAGUAAUCUUGCAAACGUCGGUGAUGCCAAGACCCUUGUCAUCCACCCUGCGACAACGACGCACCAACAGCUCAGUGAUGAGGAGCAGCUGUCUUCGGGAGUUACGCAUGAUCUGAUCCGGGUGUCCGUCGGUAUUGAACAUAUCAAUGAUAUCGUUGCGGACUUUGAGCAGGCUUUGAGACAUGCACCUUGAUUUUCAAGGAGGAUAUGGUACUAUUCCCUCCAUAGUAGUAAAUGGACCUAUGUAAUUGGACACGGUCACCAAAAGUUAAAUGCACUGGUUUUCUGAA